AUGUCUGCUGAUUUGCUGAGCUCAGUGUCUCAACGAAUCUGUCAAGCGAAGUCAUGGGAUGAAUCCUCCCAUGACAAACCGCUUGGAGGAGUCAAUGUCAUAUUUGCAGGUGAUUUUGGUCAAUUGCGUCCGCCGAAAUCUAAUGCAUUAUAUAGCUAUAAAUUAGUGAAGCAACUAGCUCCCGCUACAUUGCAGACUAUUGCCGGACAAGCUGCUCUCCAUGAUGCAUUUUUGUGGCGACAAGUGAGCACAGUUGUUGAAUUAAAGCAAAAUUGGCGGGCUAAA